AAAUAGGGCUGAGGUUCAUGACAAGUGUAGGAGAUGCUCUAUUGUGGGAUGUGCAGAGAAGUUUGGAUGAUGCAACCUCUCUCUGUGUUUUUUUUUUCUUUUUUCUUCCAGGCUUCUCUGUGGACAAAAUUAGGACUUUUAUGCAUUGUAGGUACAUUCAGUAAUAGUGUUUUCCCUUCUUGGGGAACCGUGUUUUUUUCUUUACCUUUAUAAUGAUCUUCUGGCAGCAGGUAGGGAACAGGGGCCUUCAGUUCUUCUGUGCCACAGUCUGUAAGCAAAUUCUGCCAAAUGGAGAGGAGACACAAGGAAAUGGUACUAAGACUGUACAGGACAAAGAUGAGUUGGAGUGGGGGAGUGGGUGAAGAGAGAAAUAUAGAUGGAAAGUCACUGAUGUUUAACCAGUUUUCCCCCUUCCUCCCUUUUAACUUGCAGAUAUCCUUGAUUUGCAGAAGGCAUCUCAGAAUGUUGUGUCAAGCUGCUCUGAGCCCUGUUGUCCGUUCCCCGGGAUGGUGCUUUGUGUUGUCUCCACGUGCUGUGGCAGCCAUUCCCCGUUCAUACCUCCCUCACCGUAACCAAAGGUUAAGGAAUGAAUCCCUCCGUUGUUGGAGCAACAUUCCGUUUCUCACGGUGCCGCUCAGCCGUGCCCAUGGAAAACCCUUUGCGCACCGGAGCGAGCUGAAGCACGCCAAGAGGAUCGUGGUGAAGCUGGGUAGUGCUGUUGUGACCCGAGGGGAUGAGUGUGGCUUGGCCCUUGGAAGGCUGGCUUCGAUUGUAGAGCAGGUCUCAAUGCUGCAAAACCAGGGCCGAGAGAUGAUGAUUGUCACCAGUGGUGCUGUAGCCUUUGGAAAGCAGCGGUUGCGUCAUGAGAUCCUGCUUUCUCAGAGUGUGAGACAAGCACUUCAUUCAGGCCAGAGUCAGCUGAAAGACAUGGCUAUUCCAGUGUUGGAGGCCCGAGCCUGUGCAGCAGCAGGCCAGAGUGGGCUCAUGGCCCUGUACGAGGCCAUGUUCACACAGUACAGCAUCUGUGCAGCUCAGAUUUUAGUCACCAACCUGGAUUUCCAUGAUGAACAGAAGCGUCGCAACUUAAACGGAACAUUACAUGAGCUUUUAAGGAUGAAUAUUGUCCCUAUAAUUAACACCAAUGAUGCUGUUGUUCCACCUCCAGAGCCAAACAGUGAUCUGCAGGGGGUAAAUGUGAUCAGUGUGAAGGACAACGACAGUCUGGCAGCACGACUGGCUGUGGAAAUGAAAACUGAUCUCCUGAUUGUUCUCUCAGACGUAGAAGGACUCUUUAACAGCCCUCCAGGAUCUGAUGAUGCAAAGCUCAUUGACAUAUUCUACCCAGGCGACCAGCAGUCUGUAACAUUUGGAACCAAAUCCCGAGUGGGAAUGGGUGGCAUGGAAGCCAAGGUGAAAGCAGCUCUGUGGGCCCUCCAAGGAGGCACCUCUGUAGUGAUUGCAAAUGGAACCCACCCAAAGAUCUCAGGUCAUGUCAUCACAGAUAUUGUGGAAGGGAAAAAAGUUGGAACUUUUUUUUCAGAGGUAAAACCUGCAGGCCCGACAGUAGAACAGCAGGCUGAGAUGGCUCGAGCUGGUGGCAGGACCCUGGCAGCUCUACAGCCUGAGCAGAGAGCGGAGAUUAUUUUUCGUCUUGCUGACUUACUAACUGACCAGAGAGAAGAAAUUCUCUUGGCAAACAAAAAGGACUUAGAAGAGGCUGAAAAUAAAGGGAGGCUGGCUCUUCCUUUGUUGAAGCGCCUGAGCCUGUCCACGUCGAAGCUGAACAGCCUGGCCAUCGGGCUGCGCCAGAUCGCGGUGUCCUCGCAGGACAGCGUGGGCCGCGUGCUCCGCAGGACACGCAUAGCAAAGGCCCUGCACCUGGAGCAGGUGACAGUGCCCAUCGGGGUCCUCCUCGUCAUCUUUGAGUCUCGUCCAGACUGUCUUCCACAGGUGUCUGCUUUGGCCAUAGCCAGUGGAAAUGGCUUACUACUUAAAGGAGGGAAAGAGGCAGCACACAGCAAUCAAAUCCUCCAUCAUCUGACACAAGAAGCCCUCUCCAUUCACGGAGUCAAAGAUGCAGUGCAGCUGGUGAACACGAGAGAGGAAGUAGAAGAUCUCUGCCGUUUGGAUAAGCUGAUAGAUCUGAUCAUUCCACGUGGUUCAUCGCAGCUGGUCAGGAAUAUCCAGAAAGCUGCCAAGGGAAUCCCAGUGAUGGGGCACAGCGAAGGGAUCUGCCACGUGUACGUGGACACGGAUGCCAGCGUUGAGAAGGUCACACGGAUAAUCAGAGACUCAAAGUGUGAAUAUCCUGCUGCCUGUAACGCUCUGGAAACUCUCCUGAUCCAUCGCGACUUGCUGAGAACCCCGUUGUUUGAUCAGAUCAUAGACAUGUUGAGAGUAGAACAGGUGAAGAUUCACGCUGGCCCAAAGUUUGCAUCUUACCUGACAUUCAGCCCUUCAGAAGUGAAAUCUCUGCGCACGGAGUACGGGGACCUGGAGUGCUGCAUUGAGGUGGUGGACAGCGUUCACGAGGCCGUUGAACAUAUCCACAAGUAUGGAAGUUCUCACACGGAUGUUAUUAUCACAGAGAAUGAGGAAACAGCAGAGUUCUUCCUCCAGCACGUCGACAGCGCUUGUGUUUUCUGGAAUGCCAGUACCCGAUUCUCUGAUGGCUACAGAUUUGGACUUGGUGCUGAAGUGGGAAUUAGUACUUCUCGUAUCCACGCACGUGGACCAGUGGGAAUCGAAGGACUCUUAACUACCAAGUGGUUGCUGAGGGGGGACAAUCAUGUUGUUUCUGACUUCUCAGAGCACGGGACCAUGAAGUAUCUUCAUGAGAGCCUCCCGCUCCCUCAGAGAAAUGCCAACUGAGAAUGUUGGGGUUGGAGUUAAAACCCAGGGGUAUAAUUAUUUCCUGAAGAUGUCCAGGCUUCAGGACACUCUCUGGUGAAGGAGUUUGUCUUUCAUCUUCAGGAGCAUUGUCCUUGGUCAUUUGCAGUACAGUUAAUACAAAAUGAUCGCAUCGAUGAGAUUCCCCCCCCUUUCAGUUUCCUUAAACAGUAUCUGCAAGCUGACCUCACUCCUCCCACAGACAGAUUUUUCCAAAUCAUGCAGGUAAUGUAAGAAAGGACUUCAACAUCUGCUGCAUUCUUUUUUUGUCCCAAUGCUCCCUAUAGCAAAUAUGCUUGGUGGUGGAGCAUAAUUUUUUUUUUUCAUAAGUCUUUGUUUUAUUCAAGUAUCUGUUCUGGAGAACAGACUCAAUAGUUUUGGUUUUGAGCGGUUUUUUCUUCAGUUUUAUGAUCAUGGCAGCUCUUGAAAGCCAGAAAGCUUUACGCUUAGUUUCUGUGUAUUUGAUAACUCUUGAGACAGGGGGACAGAUGUUCCAAAUGUGUAGUAAGCUUUUGACCAAGAAACCUUUUAUAUCUAUUUCUUUGUAUUGUUGACUAUUGUAGAUAAAUAACAUAAUUGUCUGCUGCA